CAUAGAGCUUUGUGUUUCUUCCCCAGCUCCUGAGCAACGGUACUGAGUGAUUCACUAUGAAGAUGGGAAGAUUACGGUUCCAGUACUGUAAGGUUGUGAUCGCCACCUCCAUGGUGUGGAUCAUGCUGGACGUGUUUGUGCUCAUGUACUUCACCGACUGCACCAACGGGCCGCACUGCAAUCCGCACGAGGUCGAGGCUAGGCAGCUGGACGGCGGUAGAGCCAAACCCGGAUUCCUGCAGAAGAUCUUCCCCAAAGGUGUUCCAGAAGUGGAGUUAGAUUCUGAGGAGUCUAGCACGCCUGGAGGUCUGCUGCCCGGCAGCGCGCCCAACGGCCCAGGGGACGGCGGCAAGCCGGUCAAGGUACCGGCAGAUCGCGAGGCGGAGGCGAAGGAGACUUUCAAGAUCAACCAGUUCAACCUUGUGGCAAGCGAGAUGAUGGCGCUCAACCGCAGCCUGCCGGACUACCGCAUGGACGAGUGUAGAAGAAAAAAGUAUCCUCCGCUGAGGUCUCUUCCGAAAACCAGCAUUGUUAUAGUGUUUCACAAUGAAGCCUGGAGCACGUUAUUACGCACAGUUCACAGUAUCAUAGAUCGGUCGCCCAAUGAAUUACUGGAAGAGAUUCUACUCGUUGAUGAUGCCAGUGAAAAAGAGCAUUUAGGACGUAAACUUGAGGACUAUGUAGCCAAACUGCCCGUAUCUGUAAAAGUUGUACGCACAGGAAAAAGGAUAGGAUUAAUACGAGCCCGUUUGAAAGGUGCUUAUGUGUCUAAAGGCCAGGUGAUCACUUUCCUUGACGCACAUUGUGAAUGCACAGAAGGCUGGCUUGAGCCAUUGUUGUCAGAGAUCCAUAAUGACAGGACGUCGGUGGUGUGUCCAAUUAUUGACGUCAUCAGCGACGACACUUUUGAGUACAUCACAGGCUCUGACAUGACAUGGGGUGGCUUCAACUGGAAGCUCAAUUUCCGUUGGUAUCAGGUUCCUCAACGUGAGCUGGACCGACGGGGAGGAGACCGCAGUCAGCCCACAAGGACGCCUACAAUGGCUGGUGGCUUGUUCUCCAUAGACAGAGAUUACUUUUAUGAAAUGGGAUCUUACGAUGAAGGCAUGGAUAUUUGGGGAGGAGAGAAUUUAGAAAUGUCUUUCAGGAUUUGGAUGUGCGGUGGAAAGAUUUUCAUCGUCACCUGUUCUCGUGUCGGCCACGUGUUCCGUAAAACGUCUCCAUACUCAUGGCCCGGCGGUGUGGGCCGAAUUAUCAACCACAACACACAGCGUAUUGUGGAAGUCUGGAUGGAUGAGUACAAGGACUUUUUUUACAAGAUCAACCCUGGUGUAAGGGCCACAGAGUAUGGCGAUGUGAACAGUCGGAAGAAGCUGAGGCAGAAGCUGAACUGCAAAAGUUUCCGCUGGUACCUGGAGCAUGUGUAUCCGGAGUCCCAGCUGCCUAUUGACUAUCACUCACUAGGAGAGAUGCGUAACAAAGCCACGGACUACUGCCUGGACACCAUGGGCAGGAAGAGUGGAGAGAAGGUGGGCCUGGAGAAGUGCCACGGUCAGGGAGGCAACCAGGUGUUCUCAUAUACCUUCAAAGACACAAUCCAGUCGGACGAUCUGUGUCUAGACGUGUCCAGUUUAGGUGGACCCGUGAAAUUAUUUCAGUGCCAUGGCAUGGGGGGUAACCAACGGUGGCAGUACGACGAGGAGACUAAGAUUCUCCGUCAUAUCAACACCGACCAGUGUUUAGGUAAAGGGCAUGGUCGGGACAAGGAUGUUCCCAGCUUAGGCAAGUGUACGGGUGCGGAGGACCAGCAGUGGAGUCUAGGUGGCUUUAGAGACAGCUCGCUAUGAUCCUGAGGGGCUUUAGUGCACACCGUGCAGACGCACAGAGGGCUCUACCUGCCAUAGCCAUUCGAGCUCUCCUGUACUUUUUAUCAACCAAUGUUUUGUGUGUGUGUGUGUGUGUGUGUGACUGACUUAACUAUUUGGAUGUGUGUAUAUGUGUGUGUGUGUAUGUGUGUGUUUGGGUAUGUGCCUAUAAAUGUGUGUUCAUGAAAGGAUGCACAUGUAUUUAAAAUACUUGAGGAUAUACAUGUUCAGAGAAUGAACUGGUAAUGGAAUGUUGCUCCACCACUUUAAGUAUUCUUUAGAAUGUUUAGAGACUGAUUGCAAGGGAAGUGAUGCAGGAGAGGAUACCUUGUCUAGAUAAUCUUGGAAGGAAGCUGUGUCAUUUCAUCUGAUGAAAUUGUGCGCUUUAUUCAAGACAGACAGAUGAGAAGUCAUGAUCAUUCAGUCCCAAAGUUAAUUCUGCUUUUGGAAAAAGAAGAUAUAUUCAUCAUGCUGUUAUUCAAUUAUUCUGUAAAUACGUCUUAUGCUCAUGGUCUCUACUUGUAAGGUCACUCAGUGUGGCUUUUUUUUUUUUCCAGAUUUGAACUGAGUUCAAGUCGCUUGUUGUUAAAUUUACGAAUACUUUGUUUUGCAAGCUCUGUUAUUGUCAAACAUAAUUCAGCUUUAACAUCUUGUUACAGUGGUUAGAGAAGUGUAAAACAAGUGUUGAAUGAUUAUGUUUUUUAGUAACUUGUCAAGCUGCAAGGUGAAGUGUUCAUAUAUUAAAAAAUGCAACACUGUCUGUUGUGGAGUGGUUAGGCUUUUUGCCAUUGCUUGCAGAAGAUGUGAGAUUGAUUCCUGAUUUAGGUAGUUACUUUAUCUAGUAUCUCUAUCUGUGCGACAGGGGCAAAAACAGCUAGCCUUGUAAUGAUCUGGAUUAUGUAGAUGUGGGUGUAAGACAUUUAGAAUAAAUCAAAAACUUCUCAUUAUGGAAUCCAGUCGUGAGAAGUAUAUGUAUAGAAAUAUGUCCGAACCCUGAGUGUAGCAUCAGUGAAGUAUGAACGAAAGAGAGAGAGUGAAAGAGAGAGACAGAGAGCUUCUGUUUGCAACAGAUGGGUUGUUCCUUGGAAGCUGAUGACAGUGCCAGAAUCUACUUAUGCAAAUGCUUUGUGCAGUCAUGCAAGUUCUUGGUGCAGUUGAAGGUAUUUUUGUGGAAGAGUCCCAGUGUUCAAGUUUAACAGAUUUAAGAAUAUACUUUUACCUCUGAGGUGUAAUUUAUUUGGUCUAUUUCAGAUGAAGGUGAUGAAUUCUUGUAAAUGUUGAGUGCGAGAGGAUGAACUUUUUUAACCCUUCAAUGUAGUGAGAAAAGUUUUGUAUAUUAUUGUAUGAUGGCAUUAUUCCUAUAAGCUUGUGUUACCAUCUAUGUUCUGUUGUGCAUACACAGGCAACUUUGGUGUACUUACUGUUAGCUACUUUUAGCUAUUGCUCAACACUGUCAUCUAUGCUAGUUUAGUACCACAAAGAUGUGGUCGUGUGGCAUUGCUGUUGAAACUAAAAAACUAAACAUGCAACAAGGAGUGCUUACAGUACAUAAUCUGUCUUGAGUGUGUGGGUAGUAGUAGUGCUUUGAUACUGACGCAUCAUACAUGUAUUUCAUGCUACUGUUUUUUAAUGCUGUAUUAUCGUAUCCAUAUACAUGUGUACAAAAAGUUAGUAGUCUUCUGUGUGAUAUGGUAACUCAUUUUUGUGAUAUGUAACUUUAUGGGGACUGGUCGCUUACUGUCAUUGUCAUACAUCUGUUUUCAUGGUCAACAUUGGAAAAUUGUAUCAGUCAUCAUCAUAAAUUAUCCUUGUUUUUGGAAAUCAAACUUUACAAUUUUUUGGGGUUAAAUAUGAAGCUGAAACUGAAAUGUAUGUAUUGGUGGUUUUUUAUGCCCAUUUCAGGAGGGUUUUCAUGUCAUUGUUUUACUUUAUUGCCAAGGUAACUCAUUGUGCCUUUCAUUGUCUUUGGAGAAUAAAACACACCUCAGGCAAACAGGCAAUGAGAUUUAUGUUUUCUUUUGGUUGCACUUUUUAGUAUGGUGCUUUCUUCUUUUUUUACUGAGUUUUCAAGGCUUAUAGUCGCUGUAAAGAAAACUGUACUCGCAGUUGCUGUAUACUUGAUUCGAGUUGUAGAUGUUUGAUAGAUCUUUUAUGUCAAGCAUUUGUUUCCUUAAAUUAUAGAUUGUUUGAACUGAUCUUGCUUUUGUUUGUUUUUUGUUCUUUAAUCAAAAUUAAAAACAGUGCAAAAAAUGUUGCAUAUUAAUUUUUCAUUGUAGAAUCAUACAGUAGAUAAAUCUAUAAACGGAUUUCCCCAUCCUUUGGCAUAUUAAAUUGAAAGUAAUGUUAAUGGGAUAAGUUUAUGGAGUUACUAACAGAGGGGAGUCUUGUUUUAGCUUAGUACUUUUAUACUAUGAUAGUGUUCAGGAGAAGAAAGUCCACCAGUGCUUCUUGGAUUGUACUACUGAUUUAAAACUCUUUGAUGAAGGAUUUUUUUAAAAAUGUCAUUUGAUGACUUAUACUACGGAAUUCAUGUACAUGCUUGGAGAAUAUGAUCCUCUCACAUUCCAAAGCCUUUUACAUAGGACAUCAUGUGCUGCAUUUGAUGUUUCUAUACUAAUGUUACAUACUUUCCCUUGUAUUUUAAAAUGAAGAA